CUUUCAUUGUAUUGACUAUUGACUGAUUCUGAACACAGAGAAUAAUGUAUAAAGUUAAUUUAUCGUAUUAUUGUCUUAGUUCUUGUUAAAAUAUAUAGUAGUAUGUUUUAGUUUAAGUGGAAUAAUGCCUCCGUUUACGUGAAUGUGAAAGAAAGCAGCCCGUGGAGUGCUACGCGGCCAUUUUACUUGCAAUGCGGCAACGGUGUACGAUCCGCCAUUGGAAACGGCCAGUGUCUUUUUCUGAGUGCAAGAUUUAUAUUUCGUUGAAUAAAGCGGCGUAGAAACCACGGAUAACCAUGUGUGAUAAAAGUGUAGUGCGGACUUUAGUGUAGUGAAGCACGGUGGUCGGGUGUUUCGAAUAAUGUGUGAACGAUGGAAAACGAAGUGAAGCAGCGCAAUCAGAGAAACAGGCGAAGGGAGCGGGCACAGCGCAUGCAAGCACAGCGAGAGAGCAAAGUUAAGGAUGGAGACAGCGGCGAGGACGAGUCUCCGACGAGAGAGAAGCCGCCUCGUCCUCCUGCCAGGAGGAAAAAGUCGCGGGAGCCGCUGGGAGAAGAGGAUAUCAUCGAUGGUUUCGCCAUAAUGGCAUUUCGCACAUAUGAAGAUCUCGAGGCUGCUGUAAAAUGCGCUUCCUCUCCUCGCACAAACGCCCUGUCGACCAAGCCUCGUCUGCCUUUGGCGGCGCUGGCGGCCGAUUCAGGGCGAAAUCAUCCGCCCAACAACGUCAACUCUCAUGGUAUUACGCUGCUUCAAGACGCUGGUACGUCGGAUGACAGUGGACGGGCAUCAGAAAGACUCACUGGUAGUUCGGUGGCGCCUCGCGAUCCCGAUUCUUCCCGUGAUCGUCUUAGUGACGCCAGUAGCCGCUGUAGUUCCGGAAAAGGCUAUAUCUGUGAUAGCGAAGGCGACGAUGAUAAGGAGAAAAAAUGGUUCAAACCCAUGUUUGAUUUUGAUGAUGAAGAAAAACCAUCGAAGAAAAUAAAAACUGAUAUGCAAAUACAGAAGAAACAUGAAAAUAAUGAACAAGUUGUGAGUGAGGUUUCAGAGACUAAUUCUGGUGGAAAAGAAUUCAUUAUAAAGGACCAUAAACACUGGAUGAAAACAUUUGAACCAGUUCAUGUUGAAGAUUUAGCUGUGCACAAUAAGAAGGUGCAAGAAGUAGAAGAUUGGAUUAAAACAGUGAGCAGUAACAAUAAUAGUGAUAUGUUACUCAUGACUGGGCCGGUUGGCUGCGGGAAAACUAUUACAUUGCAAGUUUUAUCCAAAAAGUAUGGUGUUAGAAUCACUGAAUGGAUAACUCCUGUGGAUAUUGAUAUUCCUAGUGAAAAUGGUGAAUAUGAAUUCAAACAAAGACAGUCUGUCCGAUUUCUAGACUUCUUACUAAGUGCAGCCAAUUUCACAUCUUUGUUGGAUGGUAAUAGUAAAAAAUUGGUGCUGGUGGAGGACUUCCCAAAUACUUUUAUGAGAACACCAUCAGAAUUCACAGAAGUUUUACAGCAAUAUCAGCAAAGGGCAAGGUCACCAAUAGUAUUCAUCUGCUCAGAAUCUCAUACAGAUAACAAGAAUUCAGCGUCUAAUAUCUUUACACCAAGUUUGAAAGAGCAGUUCAAAAUACAUCAUGUUAGUUUCAACAGUGUAGCCCCAACGAAUUUAAGGGCAGCAUUAAAACGGGUUGCUAGUAUAAUUAGUAAGAAGCACACAGCAGUGUAUAACUGUCCAACCGCAGAUGUGAUAGAAUGUGUUGUCAACUCUUCCGCUGGGGAUGUGAGGUCAGCUGUAUUGAACUUGCAUUUUGCAUGCUUAAAAGGAGGAACAAAGCAAAACAUGGACACAAGUAUAGUGCAUGGAAAAGAAUCAAAAAGUAAAACGACAAGAAAGAAAAAGACCAGUAAAUUUAUGUCUUUAGGAAAAGAUGAAUCUGUAAGCAUUUUACAUGGAGUUGGCAGAGUGUUGAAUCCAAAAGUAAUAGAAACCGACAAUGGCAGCAAAAAGUUCACACAUACUCCUGAAGAUAUAGUAGAGCAAUUCAUCAGUCAACCUGUGUCUUUUGUAAAUUUUUUGGAAGAAAAUUAUCUACCUCACUUUUCAAAUAUCGAUCAUGUGGACAAAGCUGCGUCAGCGCUCAGUGAUUCAGACUUGAUGCUGGCUGAAUGGCGAGAAAAAAUGUGUCAAGAAUAUGGUUUGUAUAAUGCAGUCGCCAGUUUGAUGCUCUCCAACAAAGCUCCUGUCUCUGCUUGGAACCCAGUAAGGGGUCCAAAAAAUAUGAAGAUACAAUAUCCAACUGUACGAGAACUCCAAUUACUAGAAGAAAAUUAUUUGUAUAAAGGAAAAAUAUUAGUUUCCGAUUACCAAACAUAUUGUAAAAUAAUAAGUAAUAAAACUGGCACCUGAUUGUUUAUUAUUUUU